AUGUCCCUCACACAAAGCGAACAAGUGCUGGUUAAUACCAGAGCCGGUGGAGUUUAUAUUCCACCAGCUCGACUACGGUUGAUGCAACAAAAAAUCACGGAUAAAGCAAGCGAAGAGUAUCAAAGGAUUACUUGGGAAGCACUCAAAAAAAGUAUCAAUGGGCUUAUCAACAAAGUUAAUACUUCCAAUAUCAAAAACAUUGUUUUUGAAUUAAUCAAUGAAAACCUAAUUCGCGGGAGAGGUCUCUUCGCAAGAUCAAUAAUGAAGGCACAAGCAGCAUCCCUACCAUUUACACCCGUUUAUGCUGCGUUGAUCGCGAUCAUAAAUACCAAACUACCGCAAAUAGGAGAAUUGGUGCUGACCAGAUUGAUAGUGCAAUUUCGUAAAGCAUACAGGCGAAAUGAUAAAACGACCUGCCUUGCCACAACAACUUUUGUCGCGCAUCUAUGUAAUCAUCUUGUGGCACACGAAAUAGUUGCGCUACAGAUUCUCGUGCUUCUACUUGAAAAUCCCACUAGCGACUCUGUUGAGGUGGCAGUGGGAUUCAUACGUGAAGUUGGAUCACACUUGGCCGAGGUAUCCCCAAAAGCGAACAAUGACGUUUUCGAUCGAUUCAGAGCAAUAUUACACGAGGCAAACGUUGAAAAGAGAGUUCAAUACAUGAUCGAAGUACUAUUCCAAGUACGAAAAGACAAAUAUAAAGAUAAUCCACCGAUUUCACCAGAAUUGGAUCUUGUAAAGGAAGAAGACCAAAUUACCCAUCAUAUAUCGUUGGAUGAUGAUGAUUUAGAUGUUCAAGAGACUCUUGGCGUCUUCAAAUAUGAUCCGGACUAUUUGCAAAAUGAGGAAAAGUACAAAGAAAUCAAAUCUCAGACAAACACCAAUUUGAUAAAUUUGCGAAGGACUAUUUACUUAACGAUAAAAUCUAGUGUCGAUUUUGAAGAAUGUUGUCAUAAACUUAUGAAGCUUAACAUUCAGGAAGGACAAGAAAUUGAACUUUGCAACAUGAUAAUCGAAUGUUGUUCACAAGAGCGCACAUAUGAAAAGUUUUUUGGUUUAAUCGGGGAGCGUCUUGCAAAAAUCAACUUGGUAUGGGCCAAGGCCUUUGAACAAUGUUUCGUUCAAUACUAUGAGACCAUCCAUCGAUAUGAGACGAAUCGAUUACGGAACGUAUCUAAAUACUUUGGUCAUCUGCUUGCGUCGGACGCUCUAUCUUGGCAAGUUUUUAGUGUAAUCAGACUCACUGAAGAUGAUACCACAUCUAGUUCUAGAAUUUUCGUCAAAAUAUUAUUUGAGGAACUAUGUGGUACAUUGGGAAUGGUCAAGCUUAAAGAAAGGUUGAAGGAUGAGACAAUGCAAGAAUAUUAUAUUGGUCUCUUUCCAAAGGAUAACCCGCGAAACACUCGAUUCGCUAUUAACUACUUCACUAGCAUUGGUCUUGGUAUUUUAACUGACGAGCUGAGAGAACAUUUGCAAAAUCUGCCAAAGUUGCUUCUGUCUCAAAAGCAUAAUAUAGAAAGCGAUGAUAGUUCCUCGGACUCGAGUGACUCAUCUACAGACUCGGAUUCAUCAUUAUCUUCUUCUUCAAGCUCGGAUUCCAAAUCACGCGUAUCGAGAUCACGUUCCAAGAGGAAUAAGCGCAAAUAA